GUCCACAAACAGAAUCCCGUCUCCAUGGACUCUUUUUACAACAAGAAGAAUCCUGAAAUCCCCAAACAGACUAACCUAAAUGCCAACGUGCUGCCAUUGAUGAUUCCAAGAGCCCGUUUCCAUCAUCCCCAAUCAAUAUCCUCAAUAAAUUCCUAUUCACCUGACAAUCUCACUAAAGCAGACUCCUCUAUCCUCAAGUACUUUCGCUCCAACUCUCCUGCGGCCGCUUCUCCAGUCCCUGUCAAGUUUCAGUUCAGUGGUGGUCCUUCGGGGAGAAGAUCGUCACUCUCGCCUCUUUCCGCUGUCGAGAACUUGGAGGCCGUGGAUGGCAUUCUCGUUGCCUCCGUUGCUUCAGGAAGGAGGGUUUCAAGGUCGGGUGCGGAUUCGGGUUUCUGUGGACCAGAAUCUCCUUUGUCAUCUAUGCCUUCCUCUUCGACUAAUAGCGUUUUGUAUAAGGUAGAGAUUUGCAGGGCCUGGGAGGAUCUUGGACAUUGUCGCUUUGGAUCAAAAUGCCAGUUUGCACAUGGGAAAGAGGAGCUGCAUCCUUCUCGUUUUGCUUCCCGAAACAAAUCUGAGGCGCAUUUAUAUAAGUCGUUCCCUGGUUCUGGACCAUACACUUAUAGCACAAAGUCUUCUUUCCCUCAGCAGGCUGUGGCAGAAGUAGCAGUUUCAUUGAAUGAAUUAACCUCUCAUUUGAAACCUGAGCCCAGCAGCAAGAGUCGUGCCACUUCAAUCAAGUUUGACCAUACUGGCAAGAGCUCCAUAUCAAUCUCUGAAUUUAAAGACAUUAGAAAGAUGCUCUCCUCUACCUUGUCCUCCCCUCUGAAUUGUCCACUUGGUAGCAAAAACACCAAUAUAACCGUGCGCUAUUGGUCACCCCAAGAUGAUGAUAUUGAAGUUACCUUGCCGGAUCAUGCUGAAAAUUCUCAAUCAAAGGAAUAUAUUGAUGCACACAUUCACAAUGUUCUCUAUGGCCCUAGUAAGAGGAGGUUGCCAGUGUUCAUUGAAAUAUGUCCAGAGUAACAAUCUCAUCUCCCUGUACAAGUCUCCUAAGAAGUACAAUAAGCUUCCAUGCGAAACAAGUUGCUGUAUCCAUGUGUUAUUGCUGUCUCUUCAGAACUGUAUUCACAUCGGUAUGUUGGCGAAAUUCUUUUCUAUACCCAUAGGAUUGAUACCUUGUAAAUGGUGUUAGAUAUUUGACUACGAAAAUGUUAGUCAUAAGUGUAUGAGGUUUUGACGAUGCUUCCUGCUGAAGUUACCCAGAGAAAUCACAUGUAGAUGUCGAUGGAAUUUAGUUAAGAUAAAUGAUAUCUGUUGCUUAGUCUGUUUGGUCCCAA